AAUACUCACCCAAUAUAGUCAUACAAGAAAACUAUGUAUUGGGUCAUUACUUGAAGCAUUAUUCUUCAACAAGGAAAGAACAAGUCUAACCAUACAGUUGAAAUGAAUGAUACAUACAAAACACAGAUUGAACUGUAGGAAACGGAGGGUGCUAAAAGCUUUGUAUAAAAUGUAUGUUUUAUUUUGUCGACGAGUUGGAAAACAAAAUUGGAAAAAAAAAAAAAACUAAUGGAAAUUCCUUUUUAAUGUUGUUUCAAACUGAAGUAAAAGACUAAAGCAUGAAGUUAUGGAGUUAUCAUGUCAGCCUAGUUAGAUCUCCUUUAUUUAAAGAACUGAUAAAUGUAAAGCACAUGAGCACAAGAAUCCUGGAAUCUACUUUUAGCUUACAGUGACAAGAAUACCCCCACUUUCCUAAGUUAAUCAGUUCCCGCUGUUACAAACUAUUAUCACAAGACUUAUAAUCAAUAUCUAACCAUCACACGAGGGAUUAGAAAAAGGUGAUUCAUAAAAUGUAUAACAAAAUGGCUAGUUCGUAAUCUUAUUAAAAAAAUCUCAUACAGCAUAUCCAGUUUAAUUAUCAGUUAAUACAAUUAAAGUUUGGACUGGGUAUUAUAAUAUAACUGUAAAUUCCUCUCCUAUUAUAAGAUAUCUACAUAGACUUAUUAUCAUCUAUAAAUAAGCGAGGUGAAGAUCAUUCUGGGCAUUAUUGGAACUUUUGAAGAGGCUUCCAAUGAACAGUGGCUUAAAACCCGAGCUUUUAUUGAUUAAUAAAGCAAUCAAGAAAAGCAGAGGAAAGUGCUUUAUUAACAAGGAAUUUCUAUAGACAAUACGAAAAAUUUUCAAUCCUUCUUUCAGUGGUCACCAUGAUUUCGUUGUCUGAUGUCUAUCAUGUUGUGGCAGCCACAGUCCCUCUGUAUGUAGCCAUGAUGUUAGCUUACAUCUCUGUAAAAUGGUGGAAGUUCUUCACAGCGGAGCAAUGUUCUGGAAUAAACAAGUUUGUGGCAAAAUUUUCAAUCCCACUGUUAUCCUUUCAAGUCAUUUCAGACAACAACCUCUACAAAAUGAACCUGCAACUGAUAUUGGCCGACUUCCUUCAGAAAAUAUUAGCUAUUGUUCUGCUAGGAGCAAUCACUAAAAUCACCUCUCGGGGAGGCUUAAAUUGGAUUAUCACUGGUCUCUCUCUGUCAACCAUGCCAAAUACUCUAAUUCUUGGACUACCAGUAUUGAAGGCUAUGUACGGCAGUGAAGCAGAUGUGCUUCUUGCCCAGAUAGUUGUCUUACAGAGCAUUCUUUGGUACAACAUAUUACUGUUUCUCUUUGAGUUCACUACCACCAAAGCAGCUUCUUUAGCUCCAGCAUCAGAAGCCACAGAAAUUGAUAUAACUCAAGAUGGACGAGCAAAAGAAGAAAUUGAGGAGGCAAGAGAUAGAAAUGGGAGGAGUCUCAAAACCAGGUCCAUUCUCUUAACAGUCGCUAGGAAGCUCAUCAUCAACCCCAAUACUCAUGCAACUAUAUUGGGUCUCAUUUGGGCAAGCAUACGAUUCAGGUGGGGAGUAAAACUGCCAGAAGUUAUUGACAGAUCAAUAAACAUUCUAUCAACUGGAGGACUUGGUAUGGCUAUGUUCAGCUUAGGUCUUUUCAUGGGUUCGCGGACUAGCAUUAUAGCAUGUGGUACAAAGAUGACACUGGUGGCCAUGGGAAUGAAAUUCUUAAUGGGGCCUGCACUUAUGGCAGCAUGCUCACUCGCUCUAGGACUUAGGGGAAGAUUGCUCAGAGUGGCAAUUGUGCAGGCAGCACUUCCUCAAGGAAUUGUUCCAUUUGUCUUUUCCAAAGAGUAUAACAUACAUCCAGACGUUUUAAGCACAGGGGUACUUUUGGGCUUGCUCAUUGCAUUGCCAGUAGCAUUGGCCUACUAUUACUUGCUGUCAUUGUAAAGCCUCCAUGCAGCCAUGCCACCACAGGAUACAUGGUGCUGCCGUAACAAGAAAUUUAGGACAUUGACGCCAAACAUCAGGAAAGACCACAUGCAGAGAUGAAGUUUUUGAGUUAAAAUUUUUUUGCCAUUUUCUUCCGAAAUGGUAUAGUGCUGAUGAUUUUAUGAAACAUGUAAAUGUGUGUGCUAAAGAUAUCAACGAAGGAUGAUCAUAUGCAAUAAACAAAAUAGAAGGAACAAUGCAAUGCGUUAAAUAGGAAACAGAGUGAACAGACCUUCGCUACUAAUCUAUCACCCAGAAUUAUCUGCAUCCUCGUGUUUGUAUAGUUCUACCCUCCAUUGUUUGACUCUGUAAUUUUUCAAAUACCAGCCGGGCUAUGAAAAUUCUCCAUAAGACAAUCGGAAAUUGCAUGAAAGUUCAUAGAAGAAAGUUUAUUUUCUCCA